CUGCUUGGCCCCGCCCCUCUCUCCGAAGCCACGCCCUCCUCCUCACACAGGAGAGCGAUGAGGGAAAUCAGCGGUGUCGUGGUUAACGCCGCUGCGGCGACGACGUCGAAGACGAUGGGCCGUCCGUGAGGAAUGAGCCCCUCAUGUUUCCCCGAGGAGCCCCCGCGGCUGUGAGGAGGCCGGGAAGGAGCAGAGGCCCGUCGACGUCCCGGCUCUGGAGCCUUGAAGGGAAAGGGGAGGCAGAGUGCCUGGCGGCGGAGGCUUCUUAUUCUUCUCUCAGGAGAGCGCGCUUCAGGAGCAACCGGAACCAGGAAAGCGGCUGGGAUUUAAUUGCUGAGGGAUAGCCUGAAAGGCCAAACCAAGUGCGGGGACGCCUUUUGUGCCCCCUCCUUUUUUCAAAUUUCCCAAAGGAAUAAGGACUUGGUGCUCCUGCUCUAAAAACAGGUCUUGGAGACUUUGGAUCUACAAACAUCAAGCGGCCUCCUUCCCUCUGGAUUUCCUUUGGGUGGUUUAACUUGGAAGGACGUCCAUAUCCCAACAGCAAAAAUUGCUUAGCAAAAAUUGUUGGGAAACUUAUGCACUGAUUUCCUGUCAAUGAUUCUGUAUGACGUUGGAGUGAAGAUUACUUUUCAUCCACAAAAAGGUUGCAAAAAGAUCCCAGAUGGCCAAUUCCCUCAACGGCCGGAACCCAGGUGGCCGAGGAGGAAACCCCCGCAAAGGGCGUAUUCUGGGCUUCAUUGAUGCUAUUCAGGAUGCAGUUGGCCCUCCGAAGCAAGCAGCUGCUGAUCGCAGGACUGUGGAAAAAACUUGGAAAUUAAUGGACAAAGUGGUAAGAUUGUGUCAGAAUCCCAAACUUCAGUUGAAGAACAGCCCACCUUAUAUACUUGAUAUUUUACCAGACACGUAUCAGCAUUUGCGACUUAUAUUGAGCAAGUAUGAUGACAACCAGAAACUUGCACAGCUCAGUGAAAAUGAGUAUUUUAAGAUAUAUAUUGACAGUCUCAUGAAAAAAUCAAAACGGGCUAUAAGACUAUUUAAAGAAGGGAAAGAGAGGAUGUAUGAGGAGCAGUCACAGGACAGGCGAAACCUCACAAAACUAUCACUCAUCUUUAGCCACAUGCUUGCAGAAAUCAAGGCAAUCUUUCCUAAUGGCCAGUUCCAAGGUGACAACUUUCGUAUCACAAAAGCAGAUGCUGCUGAAUUCUGGAAAAAGUUCUUUGGAGAAAAAACCAUAGUGCCUUGGAAAGUGUUUCGGCAGUGUCUACAUGAAGUACAUCAGAUAAGUUCUGGUUUGGAAGCAAUGGCUUUGAAAUCUACCAUUGAUUUAACUUGCAAUGACUACAUUUCAAUUUUUGAAUUUGAUAUCUUCACACGAUUAUUUCAGCCUUGGAGUUCAAUUUUAAGAAACUGGAACUUCUUAGCUGUGACGCAUCCUGGAUAUAUGGCAUUUCUGACCUAUGAUGAAGUUAAAGCACGAUUACAGAAAUACAGCACCAAACCAGGAAGCUAUAUUUUCAGGUUAAGUUGUACUCGAUUAGGGCAGUGGGCCAUUGGAUAUGUCACUGGCGAUGGAAAUAUUUUACAGACUAUACCUCACAAUAAGCCUUUAUUUCAAGCUCUGAUUGAUGGCAGCCGGGAAGGAUUCUAUCUCUAUCCAGAUGGACGGAGUUAUAAUCCUGAUUUGACAGGACUCUGUGAGCCCACCCCACAUGAUCAUAUAAAAGUUACACAGGAACAAUAUGAAUUGUACUGUGAAAUGGGUUCCACAUUCCAACUUUGUAAAAUUUGUGCCGAAAAUGAUAAAGAUGUGAAGAUUGAACCUUGUGGGCAUCUGAUGUGUACGUCUUGCCUUACAGCAUGGCAGGAGUCUGAUGGCCAAGGAUGUCCUUUCUGUCGUUGCGAAAUCAAAGGGACGGAACCCAUUAUUGUAGACCCUUUUGAUCCCAGAGAUGAAAACAUACGGUGCUGCAGCAUCAUGGAUAGUUUCGGUAUCCCCAUGCUUGAUUUGGAUGAUGAUGAUGAUAGAGAAGAAUGUUUAAUGAUGAAUCGAUUGGCAUCUGUGAGAAAGUGUAAUGAAAGACAGAAUUCACCUGUGACAUCCCCUGGAUCUUCUCCACUAUCUCAAAGAAGAAAACCACUUCCUGAUCCCCUGCAAGGACCCCAUCUUAACCUCCCACCAGUGCCUCCUCGACUAGAUCUAAUUCAGAAGGGAGUUGCUCGAUCUCCUUGUGCCAGCCCUGCUAGUUCACCAAAGUCUUCUCCAUGUAUGAUGAGGAAACAAGACAAGCCUCUUCCAGCACCACCACCGCCUAUACGGGAUCCUCCUCCACCUCCACCAGAAAGACCUCCUCCCAUUCCACCAGAUAACAGGUUAAAUAGACAUUUGCAUCAUCCUGAAAGUGUGCCUUGCAGAGACCAGCCUAUGCCACUUGAAGCCUGGUGUCCCAGAGAGGUUUGUGGAACUAAUCAAAUAGUGGGAUGUCGAAUAGCUGGAAAUGAUGGCUCUCCCAAACUUGGACUCACUGCAAAUUCAAAUAUGAAUGGAAGGCAUUGUCGAAUGGGUUCUGAUCCAAUAUUCCUGAGAAAACAUAGACGUCAUGAUUUGGCUCUAGAAAGUGCCAAGCUAUUUUCAAAUGGCCAUCUAGCUAAUGAGGAAUAUGAUGUUCCUCCCCGACUUGCAUCUCCUCCUCCAGUUGCAUCAGUCAUGCUGAAUAUGAAGUCAUCUGUUCCUGUCAUAAAUUCCCUCCCUGAAAAGCCAAGGGAAAAUGUAGAAGAAGAUGAGUACAAGAUUCCUUCAUCCCAUCCUGUCUCUUUGACCUCACAGUCACCUCAGUGUUAUAAUAUAAAGCCUCAUAUUCGCGUAUGUGAGAAUGGUCAAUGCUCUGGAAUAAUUAGUGAAACUCACAGUGCUGCCUCCGAGAUGAAAAGAUUGAAACAGCCAGAAAUGGAAGAAGCCUUUGAAUCAACUGUCUCAAUACCUUUACCACCUGUACGGCCUCCUGUGAGAGAAAAUAUGAAACAUGGUGCAGUACUCAACAGGACUCCUUCUGAUUAUGAUCUGCUGGUACACCCUCCAGGUGACAAUGCAUCUGACAAUCCCCCGCCCUCGCUUCCUCCGCCGCCACCCCCUGCCCGCCACAGCCUCAUUGAGCAAACAAAGCCACUUGUUGCAGGAAGUAGGCCUCUAUCUGGACAUGAACUAUAUCUUCCUCCUGCUGAUCUUUUCUUUGAUCCUGUAAAUUGUUUAGUUCCAUUGCCACCUGUUCGAAGAUUAACUGGUGAUAGUAUGAAAACCCACCGAUUAUCUCAAGACUAUGACCAGCUUCCCUCUUGUUCAGAUGGUUCACAAGCACCAACCAGACCUCCAAAACCUCUUCCUCGUAGGACUGCCCCAGAAAUACACCACAGGAAGGCACAUCAUUCUGACUCAUCUAUAGAAAGUGUUGAUGCAAAAAUUGCAAAACUUAUGGGCGAAGGCUAUUCAUUUGAAGAAGUGAAGCGGGCCCUUGAAAUUGCCCAAAAUAAUCUUGAUGUAGCACGGAGCAUCCUGAGAGAGUUUGCUUGUUUUCCUCCAGCAAUUUCCCAACGUCUAAACCUAUAGCAGUAUGGAAAACAUUACAUCCCGCCAAGUCUCCAAACGUGGGCAUGUGAAUAUGAGAAAUAAUGUGGAAGUGUGAAGUGAAGUUCGAAAACAAUGUUCUUCUCUAGGCGUCUUUGAAGAGCUGAGAUGCAGCAGAUUUUUUUCAGAGUAAGAUAGCUGCUCAGUCCAAGAUAUAAGUGAAUUGAAUUUUAUGUAUUUUUGCUAGCCAUACUUAUUGAAUCAGGGUUGAACUGACAAAUAAUUUAAAGUUUACUUGCCAUGAGCUUUUAAUCUGUGAAAUGCUUUUUUCAUGUUUACAAGGUGGUGAGUGACCAUUUCCAAGUUGGUAGCCCUCCUGUGUUCUUGUUCAUGUUUUUCUGGCAUUUCUUAACUGUUUUUGUAGUAGAUUGUCCCAUCAAAUAAGUCAGUUACUUCUUCCCCCAUGUAUACACUCCAUUUUGAUUUUUCAGGAAUCUUUUAUAUUUCUUUAAUUACAGCAUCUUGCAAAUGCAAGAAAAAUGUGGCCUUCAUCGCUGAUUUCCCCCUCCCCAGUAAUUUUUUUGUUAUUUAGAGAAUGAAGUAAAUGUGCACUGCAUUGUUUGAUCCAUCUUUUUAAAAGGCAUUUUGACUUCAGUGUUCAGUAUCUUUUCUUUCAUGUGUGGCUGGUAAGAUUUAAAAUCUAGAUGGCUCCAGUAAGAAAAUUAACAUUCAUAAUGUUAAAUUGCAUAAUAAUAUCCCAAAAUUCAAAUCAUUACUAGAGCUUAUGUUAAAGGUACAGCUGUAUGUGUUUUAAAAUUAGUCUUUGAUUCCAUAAUGAACUUGAAAGGUCCCUAUGUUGCUCACACCUUCAAUAUCAUGAGGCAUGACAAAUAGAUCCAUCAUUCUGAAUUAUAUUAGCUGUGAUCAGGUAAAUUAUACUCCUGUCUUCUGAAAAGCGAGAUGCAGUUAAUUUCCUGUGUGGAUGGUUAUCCUCUGAUUCAUCACCACUUUAGGGGACAAGUUCAUAUUAACAGAGGAGCUUUCAAUCUUUCCAUUGUUGAGCUCUAAGGCUAUCAUGACAAUAUUUUUUGCAAAGCUUCUAUUAAAUUUACAUUCUUAACUUUAUAUUCUGUGCCCAGAUCAACGUAUAGCAUCAUAUAUGCAUUCUUGGAGAUAACAUAUCUUGUUGCCUGAAGUUCAUAUGAGCAGAUCAAAUUGUCACGUUCUAAAGCACAAGUUAAAUCAAUAAUCUCAACUUCUUAAAUGCAUUGUUCUGAUUAAAUUCCAGAUUAAUUCUUUGUAUGCACCCCCAGGUACAAACCAAAUUCCCGAUUUUCUUUCAUAUGUUCCUGCUGAAAUUGUGGAUCUGCCUUUGAUAGUGAGCUGAAUAGCCAAGUGUAUGUACUGAAAGGCUUCCUCCCUUUUUUCCUUUUAGUAUUCUGCAAACACUACUCAUGACACUGCUGUGCAGAAUACUCGCUUGCUGUAUUCUGUCUUGUUGAGAUUUUGUGUUGGAACAUUUCACUGGACAGGCUAAGCUAUAUGUCUUCCUUGUAUUGUUACCAUUUAUUAAUGUGUGGAGCUAACACAAAAUUACCCAAAUGAAUGUCGAAAGCUGUCAAAUCCUAUACAAAAGAGUAUGUUUUCAAUAACUUUUUUAAAAAAAUAACCAUUCGUUUUUACUCCUGAGUGGACCAGGAGGCCACCAGACACACUGGAAAUCCCCUCCACACACAAAAUUCACCAAAACGAGAAACAGUCCAUGAGUGUCACAUCUGGUCUACAGGCCCCACUUUACCUGUCCAUGUGCAGUUGAUUCAGAGCAUAAUGUUAACUAUCAUGUUCUCAUGAAGACUCAUAUCAAUAUUAAAUUCAGAAGGAGAUCUUUUAAAGAGUUUAGUUUUAAACCUCCCUUAUAAAAACCUAAUUAACAUGCGUCUACAUGUAGCUCUUUUAAUUAACACUUCAAUUAAAUUCCUCCACCUGUUAACAUUAACGGUAUUUCCAAUAGAAUGAAAUAUCCAAUUGUAUUGAAAGAAAAUCUUUUUUCUUAAAAAAAAAUAAGUAAAGGCAUUAGGAAAAGCACCAAUUCAAUUCUUGUGAAUAGCACAAACUGAGGACAUAUAUUAUUUUGGGUUAUUAGAAUAGGUUUAGAUAAUUUUCAGAAGAUACAGGCCUGUGAAAAUGUUAUGCUAAAACAGGUUGAGCAUCCCUAAUCUGAAAUAAUUUGCUACCAGCCAUCCGCUUCCACCUUUGAGGUGGUAGCAAUACACUUGCUUGUUCAUUUGCAAAGUAGAAACAGGAAUCUAGUAGGAUCUCAUGAGAUAUCCAGUAAGGUAUUGCAAAAAUCCCCUCCAAAUAUUACUUUCUCAGACUCCAGCUUAAUGUCUCAUACACAACACAAGUAGCAAACAAACAAGACAUGAAGAUAUUUGUAAUGGUGGAUGGUGUACAUAGCCAAAUAUCUCUUAUGUGUGUACAAAUAGUCUGAAAACACUUCUGAUCCCAAGCAUAUCAGAGUAGUGAUGUACAACCUAUUGUGUCAGUACCAUCAUGAUACAUCCAGUCUGUGUCUUAACAGAAAUCCAGGAUCCUUGAACAGGAUGCAAGGGCUUCAUAUCCCAGUGAAACACAUUCACACAAAUUUUCCACAGUUUUAAGGCCAGCACAUGGAAUUGUCCUCAGAGACAUUUUUAUAAAUAAAAUUAAGUAUAAUUAAAUGUCCUUUCAAGGAUUGCUUAAUGCACGUAAAUUUUCAACCUUAAAAAUCAAUGACAAGAAUCUUAUUUUUUAUGUAGUCUGCAUUUCCACAGAAUAAGGGCUUGUAUGUUCACCCAUUGAAUUCAAGUAAAUAGUAUUGUGAUAGCAUACUUUUCAGAUGAAGCGUGGAAUACUUAAUUUAUUGCUAGUUUUGAUUGUGUUUCCAGCCCCACAAUUCAGCAUAUUCAGCAUAUUUUGCAUUCAUUAGUGUGAAGCUAUUCCAGAAUUGGUGAAGCAGAUGGUGGAACAUAUCAAUAGCAGAGAUAUCUUCCAACAGUGUGAAAAAUGUCUGAUGUUUGUUAAAAUAAAUGAGCUGCCAUUUUUGUGGCCUGAAUCUAUGCCCUUAAAUAGCCGCUAGUCUGAUGCCAGUGAUGUAGUAUCAUAAAUGUCUGUCCAAUGAUUCAUAAUGUGAAUUUAUUUUGUUCCAGCAUUCUUCUGUUGUUUUUAUUUGUUUCUCAUAUUACGGCUUGAAGCUUUACUUUGCACUGACCUGGGAAAUGUUUUAAUUUGUGUCUUAAAGCUUGACAAAUUUGGAAACCGACAAAUGUUUUAAAUCAGGUACUGCCUGUUGACCUGGAACAUAGAGCUUCUAGGACUGGUUUCUUGAGCGGACUGCAAUAGUUUUUUUGUUUUGUUAUUGAAGGUGUAUCUUCUAAAAAACUAUUUUAUCUGAAAAUGCCUUUUAUAAACUUGUCUAAUGUGGCAGACAUGGUGAUGUGAUCGAUUUAUAUUUUAUUCAGCAUUCCUUUUCAAUUCUGAAGAUUAUGUAACCUCAAUUUACUUUUAUCUGUUCUUGUAAAAUAUUUUAUAAAAAUUAAUGUUAACAGAA